AUGCAGUCCAAUACAGAUGCCUCGGAAGGAGGAAGCCCGGCCAAUAGUCCCACAAACUACCUAUAUGGCUUUGCCAAAAUAAAACUCCAGCACCUAUCUGGAGAAUAUCGGAAGAAGAACAUGAUAAGGUUCAAGAGAGCUUUGAUAGGAGGCCAAUGCUCUCUGCUCGACCCAGAGCACCAUAUCACCGCCCUCAUCGACAUGAAUACGCUCAAUAAGGGUUUGGAGAAAUCGGGCAUAGAUGCUACCACACUGCUUAAUGCAAUCGAUCCACCACAUCUUUCUCUGGAAAACGCCGUCGUCCUCGCGUGUUUACGAGGGCGAGAUCUCCUGGAGGCAGCUAGGCGCGUACUACCACCGGGCCAAAGGUGGGUAGUUGUAAAAUUAUAUGUUGACAGUAUGUCCUCUCAUGCUAGCUUGAGUCCCAGUCCUGAUCGCUACUCUCAAGGUCUUCCUGUCAUUUUAUGCACCGAAAUCACUGAAAGUUUCUCCUGUGUUGACAGAGUAUCUAAUGUGGAGAUUUUCGGAACCCUUCUACGUGAAUUUUCUGGAAUAAAGUCAACUUUCUGGCGCAGCAGAUUGCCUUCCGAUUCGGAUUUCCAAUAUGUCCAAAGAGUCGCUCAGACCCCCGAGUUACGGGAAUCGUUCAUCGCUCUGAUUCCAUUUCCUGGGCUUUGGAGAACGUUUACUUUUCGGAAGCUAGAGCAUGUUGUGUCCCCUCGGUGCGAUGAGGUAAUGGUUCACUACCUGCGGGAGAUCAUUCGUAUUUGGUCACUCCUAUUGCCCGGUAGAGCGGGUGAGGCCGAUACGCUGUCAGUAGAACUCAUUGAAGGGAAGAUGCCGAAAUACUCAACCCAGGACCGCUCAGAUAUUAUGCGUCUAAUUAACGACGGCACGCUCUUCCCGGAUAUUUCUGAUGUGGAUGAGCGGGAUAGAGUACUGCAGGUCCUGCUUGAAAUUCCUGGCAGGGUCCCGUCCUUGACACUCUUCUUUGAUGACGCAAAAUGCUUCUCCGGGCCCUCCAAGGCUAUGAGGGACCUAUUCUCUGUUGGCCCUAAAACAUCAAUUUAUAGCGCAGCUCUACACCGCUGGGACGGAGGUACCCAGGCUUACAACGUCCAAUUAACCGACAGCGAGUACGAGACUGUCCCUAUCAACGGUAUAGUGCCACCAGAUGAAGCAGAAAGAGCCAUAGCAUCGGUUAGCUUGCUACAAUUAUGGCUGACGGCCUUUCGACACUUCAUCAAUCCUCGGACAGGGAGAACAAGAAAAGUAAAGAACGUUCAGCCUUUGUUUGAAUUACGGGGAGAGCCUGAGCUUGCCAAGUCGGCCAGCAGAUUGGGUUUUACAAUUCCAAAGAAUGUUUCUACUGCAGUCGACUCGGUUUUGCCGGCUUUUCAUUAUACCUUCGAAACGCUCGCAGGUGCUUCUCACAAAGAUCUUGCACGGAAAACCUUGUAUAUGUCAAAAGGGUUUCUACAUAUCUUCGGCGACGGACCCAGAUCCCAUCAGUCAGAUCAGAAAAUCCCUGAGCUUUCUGUGAAAACGGAUAGCCGAAAGUCAAGUUUCCGAGCCGGACGACCACUCAAAGAUGAGUACAUAAAUGACCGAUCGUUCUUCUUUCUUCAACAUAUGGUUUUUAGUGAGGGAGAGAUUUUCCUUUAUCCAAGCUCAUUUGCCGUCAUAAAAGAUAUCUUCUGCUGUUUUUUCGGCCGACAACAUCUUGGAUCUCUCUUGGAUCACGACGCCUCCGGAGCCUCCAACAAAUUCACAUUUGCCGAGGAAGCUCCGCAAGGAGCCAUUACGCCUGGGGCCAUGUUACCAGAAGAACCGCAAGCGUUGGCAGAUAAUACAGAUCUUCAUACUGACCCCGUUGAAAACGGUGAUUCAAUAGCGACAAGCCCAAUAGAACUUGAAGUGCACCCAGAUCCAGGGCCCUCUACUCAGAUUAUGGACGGUGUACAGCAGUCUAUACCUUUAGCUGCAGGUUUUGAAGACGAGCAUAGCAAAGCCCCAGUGUCUCGGAAAGUCCCAAUAUCACUCCAUCGAAGCGCCAUCCAUGAGAUACUACCAUUGUGGUAUCAGUCAGAUAUCACGAAUGUCGUAGUCUUCUACCUGUUCAACUCAAGGGAGUACUACAAGUUUUUUGCCGAGGCAGAAAUGGAAAUGCGACUCGUCCUAAACGACCUCGCCCGUGCCCAUUAUUUCCUCAUCGUCGAUGAAGAAAAAGUCGUCUCUCCAAAUAUGGCAGAUCUAGUCACUGAGGUUCAGCGGACACGACUGCUCUUCGUUGGAGCAAAAUCAAAACCGGGGGAGCUGGAGACCAAGGCAGGGGGGAUUAGCAAGGCUGCUUUGGAGGAUUACAUAUCCAAAUAUGAUGUUCAUACAGGGAAACGACGGUUCGAAUUCGCUCCGGGUGACACUGAUGAUGGAGAGCGACCACACUCAACUAAAAGAAGAAAUUGA